AAAUAUUACUUAGGAUGGUGAGAUAUGAUUUACUGGUGCUGGUAACAGUUUUUGAAUAUAGACAAGAGAAAAACUAAGAGCAGCUUGAUCGGGGGUAACCCUUGAAAUGGAGGAUAUAAUCGGACAAGGGGUGAGGGUGACAAGUGGGAAGACCAGUGGACAGAUGCAGAACCUUCUCGGGGAGUUCAAGGGAGUGUAUGAAAACAGGUUGCAGCGACUUGAUGAUGCCGAACGUCGUGGAGAAGACACACAAAAGACACGUGUUAGGGUGCUGCAGGCCUAUGUGAACGAUCUAAGUGAACAGAAUGAGGUGCUUGUGUCCACAGUGGAGGAACUGGAAAAGGAGGCUAAUGAACGUGUGGCACUGUUGGAGAAUAAACUGAAAGGCACUGCAGGAUCUGUAAAGGAAUACAUGGCGAAGGCUCGUGACUUAGAGCGGGAGCUGCGUGCCCUGACCAUUGAGAAGACAAGGGCAGAUGCCAUGAUGGAGGAACUGCAGAACCGCCUCGGAAGACAGGAGGAAAGCAGUAGUGCUCUCAGGGAAGAAAACUCUAACCUCAACCAUGAUGUCAACCAGCUUAUCUCUGUCAUCCGCUCUGCCAGGAACACUGGCCGAUGGGAGACUGAGGCUGUCCGAUUUCGAGAACUUUCGCAUGAUCAAGUGUUUGGUUCACAUGUUGAGGCUGCAAGACUAAGAACAGUAGAAGAUGCUGAAGAACGAUCCAGGGACCUGAGGGAUCAACUCCGUCGUAAAGACGAACAGAUGGACAAGCUACAGCAGGAGAUCAACUUACUCAGGACGCAGACCAGGGUCUCUCGUGAAGAGAGACGUAUAGAUGGACAAGCUGAGUCUCAAACCCCUAAUCAAUCUGCAGAGAAAGAUUUCGCCAUCAUGCAGCUCAAGAGAGAUUUACGACAAGCAGAGCAGCGUAUUGAGGACAUGCAAAUGGAGGUUUCCAACAGAGAACGGAAGAUUUCGGCCCUCCAAGCACAGCUUUCAGACCUGCACACUCAAAUUGGCCGUCGUGAGUCGGAGAACACUACACACCAACAGACCAUUAAAAUGUUACAGGAAAAGCAGCGCUAUUCUGUAGGGGAGACUGCCAAGGCCGAGGAAGCCAUUCGCCAACUGAAGCUAGAGGUAUCACAUGCCAAGGACUACGCCUCCAAGUCAUCCAAGGAUAUUGGACAUUACGAACGGAAACUGAGGAACCAAGAACAUGACUUACAAGAGCUUCGUGACCAGAGGAAGAAGUCUAUGGAGGAGAUUGGAGUCCUUCAAGAGAGACUUCGAGACAGUCAGGUGUCAACCAAAGACCACCACGAGGUCCUCAAAUCAGAGCUCGCCCGUCGUGACGAGACGAUCCAGAAACUUCGCAGGGAUGUUUUGACAUUACAGGAGAAACGUGACGCAGCUGUUAGUGAGUUGGACAAGCAGACUAACAAUUUGAUCCAGAUUGAGGACAAGAACAAGCGCUCCAGUGAUGAGUUACAACGGCUAGAGGCAAGAAACAAGAUUGUGGAAGAGGAACUUUCCUCAUUGAGAAAGCAAGCCGAUGAAUCUAAAUCUGAUGCCACUUCUAAUGUAACCAAGCUGGCCAGAGUGGACGCGGAAUUACAAACUCUGCGCACACAACAUGCCGAGUCUUUGGCCCAGGUAAAAACCUACAUCUCUAAGCUGGCCAGGGCCGAGGGGGAGAUGCAGAUGAUUCGUGCAGAGAACUCAGAAUCUGUUUCUCAGGUCCAGAAAUUGACUGCUACACUACAGAAAUUACAAGGUACCUCUAAAGACACAAGAGAUGCUCUCACAUCAGAAUACAAUAAUUACAGAAGUACCUAUUAUGUGGCAGACCAUCAUGACACCAUAGUGAAGUUGAGAAAUGAAAAUAGAGAAGUUGAUGACAAACUAAGGGAGGCAUUGUCAACAGCCCAGCACAGGGGAGAUGUCAUCAAACAGCUGAGGGAGGAGAUCAAACAGUAUCAGUCCAGGGGUCAGGAUUUCCAGAGGAAGAUGGAGGCUAUGGACCAAGAUCUACAACAGGCUCACAGUCGCUAUUCUGGCCAGUGUAGGGAGAAUGACCGCCUACAGACAGAAAUUCAGGAACGAAACUUGACUGCUAGCCAACACGAAACUUACUUCAAGUCUGAGGUUGCCGACAAAGAGGAAGAAAUACAUCGACUCAAGGCUGAAGUCAACAUCCUCCAUGAAAAACUGUCCCAGACCACCUCACAGUUGUUAUCUAGAGAAGAGCAGAUAGCAAGUCUCAAUGCCAGCAUCAAAGACCUGGAGGCAGAAAUGUCGAGGAAGGAUUUAGCCUUACAGAAGUUUGAUGUUGACCUGAUGAAUGUUGAUCAGGAAAGGUGUAAAGCUGAGGAUGAUGUUUCGCGACGUGAUAUUAGCAUUCAGCAGUUAGAGCAGGACCUUGCCCAGGUGAAGGCUCAGUAUCGAGAGUCUGUCGAGGAAAACGGGCGUCUGGAGGCACGCAUUCAGGCCUUCGCCAUCAAUGCUCAGAGUGAACAAGAUGUCCUCACCUCUGAAGUGAAGCGACGAGAGGAAGCCAUCAAACGUCUCAAGAUGGAAAACAUUACCAUGCAGGAGCGCAACAGUAAAUACGAGGAGAAGGUAAAUCAGUUGGACAGAGAAGUGGAACAGUUAAAAGUUCAGCUACGUACAUCACAAUCAGAGAAUGACACAAAGAAAGGUACAAUAAGUAACAUUGAGUCUAACUUGAGUGAUGUGAAGCGCCGUAACACCCAGUAUCAGGAUGAUGUGAACCGCCUCGAGGACCGUGUACGGGAACUAAACAUUGAACUGACCUCUCUCCAGUCACAGUGUGACAAACAACAACAUAAUAUUGGUACUAAGGAGGAGCUGCUGGUGAACCUUAAGGCUGACCUGGUCAGUGUACAGAAACAACAGAAGGAAACCAUGAGUAAGGUACAUAUCAGGGAUGAUACAAUCCAAAAGCUGAAUUCAGAAAUAGGCCGUCUGAAGGGCAAACACCAGGAAAAGCUUGGAGAGGUUAACAAACAAUCCGAAACCAUUAAAAAGCUUCAGGAGGCUCUGACGCAGUGUCAUGUAGAUCUGGACAAGAGCAGAAAACUCACAGAGCAAGAGGUAAGACGUCGAGAUGAGACCAUAAAGACCUUACAGGAAGAUCUGAUGGAAUCACAGUCCCAAUACAGCGCCUGUUAUAAUGAGUUGAUGAAAGCUGAGGAUGAUAUAGAAAGUUUGAAGAAUGAAAACUCUCAUCUGAAUCAGAACGGUCAGCAAAGCUCUGAGGAGGUUGGUCAGCUCCAGGAACAGUUACAUCAGCUAGAGCUAGACCUGACCAUCUCCCAGGAAAAACACAGGACAUGUCAGAAAGAGGUGGCUCACAGGGACCAAGUGAUCCUCAAGGUUCAAGGAGAACUGGACACAACACAAGAGAAGUACCAGGGGUGCAUGGAGGAGUUGAACAUUCGUGAAGAUGAAGUGAUCCGACUAAAUGGUCGUGUGAAGCAGCUUCAGCAGGAAAUCAGAGACCUUAAUGCCAAAAGUGAACAAGACGAGAAAAAGCUUUCGGAGGAUGAGAAGUCUAUUCAAAAACUGCAACACGAUCAUGAAAUUUCGUUACAAGAGAUGAAGAACCAUCUGCGUACAAUUGAGCAGCUGAAGUCUGAACUCCAUUUAGCCAAGAGCAGUCAUGAACAGGAAGUGAAGCGUAUCCAACAGGAUAUGGACUUGUUACGUGAGGAACUUCAAAUGACACAUAACCAGAACAGUGAUGGACAGAAGGAAAAUCUGGACCACAAGACCACAAUCAUGGCACUGAAUGAUGAAAUAGACAGAAUGAAGAGGAUGCAGGAUGACACAGCAAUUGAGAUGAAACGCCAGAAUGACCAGUUGCAUGAGCAUGAGGUGUCGCUGGCAGAAUCUCGCCAACAGAUCAUUCUACUAGAGGACCAGCUGGACAGUAGUCGUGAAGAGGGCCAUGCGCUGGAGUCAGAGCUGGACAGCUUCAAACAAAAAUAUAACAAGAGUAUGAAUGAGGUGGGACAUCUCGAGGGAACUGUCAAAACUCUACAGGACAAGCUGUCUGAGAGUCGUAAGCGUGAACUCGAGAAGGAGCACCAGCUGGAAACGAUGAAAAGUGAGAUGGAUAAUCUGGAGGUAAUGUACCGCGACACUAAACAUGAGGUUGCUAAGUUUGAGGAGGUCAUUGAACAGCUGACAACUGAGCUGCGCACCACCCAAGAUGAACUGUCGUUGUCCAACAAUCGUGUACACGAAUGUGAAGAGAAUAUCAAGAACCUUAAGGACAGGAAUGCCUUACUUCAAUCAGAGUCUUUAAGUCAUGAAGAACAUGCUAAGAAACUGGAGAAUGAACUUUACACAUACCAGGGAGAACACAGUCACACUGAUCAGGAGUACCUGGAUAAGGAGGACAAGAUCGCCCACCUUGAUAUGACCCUAGAAGAGACGAGGAGUGAACUUCAGGCCAAACUUCGGCAGAUGUCUGACCAACAGGACCAGAUCAAUGACCUCAAGGUUGAACUCGCCUCAGUCAGGGAACAGAAAAACAGUGCUAUGAAAGAGAAUGAUCGUCUGGAGCAGAGUAUUCAGCAACUGCAGCUCAAUUUGGCCACAUCCCACCAGCGUCACAAAUCCGACACUAACCGCCUACAGGACCAACUUUCUCAUCUAGAGGCUGAACUGCGGCAAAUCCAGGCACGAGGCCAGGCCGUUGAACAGGAGUUAAGUCAUCGCCAGGAACAGCUUCUCCAGAGUGAAUCUGAAGUCAAAGCAUGUCGCAGUGACAUUGCUAGCAAGAUGGAAGAGAUUGAGAAACUAGAAGCAAACAUCAAAGAUAUGAAAAUAGAAAUCAGUCACCUCCAGGGAGCCAAACAAAGAGCAGAGAACCAGGGAUCUGAGCUACAGAACGAGGUGGAGCACCUGAAGACAGAUCUGUCUGAAGCCAGGGCCCAGUACAAGGAUUGUGCACAGGAGCUGGCCCACCAUGAGGAGAAGUUGAUGCUGAUGGAGCAAAGUCUACAAACCACACAGGACCAGCUUAGUCAGCGUGUCACUGAGGUUGUCAGGUAUGAACAAAUCAACCGUAAACUACAGAUGGAGGUGAAGACACUUCGAGAGCGUAACACAAGCUAUGAGGAGGAGAUUGAGGAACAGAAGGUCAUGAUUGACAAGCUGAGAAAGGACCUGGUCAACUCCAAGGAAGACCAUCACUCAGCUGUACAGGAGGGCCUCGCCUACAAACAACAAGCCCACAAAUAUGAGGUUGAGCUAGAGGGUGCACGGGAGCAGGAAAAGAUGCUAAGUGACCAGGUAGAACAGCAGGAUCAGAUUCUCACCCAGCUACAACAGGAGAUCCGUGGUGAACGUGACAGACACCAGGAGACCGGUAAAAACCUACAAAUGGCGCGUAAACACAACGCUGACCUUCAAGACGACUUUGAAUCUGCCCAACGGCAUAUUAAUGACCUCACAAACACGGUGAAAGACAAAGAUGAGCUAGUCUCUAAUCUACGUGCUGAUAUUGAGUCAAUGCACCAGCGACAGAUGGCUCUAAAGGAGGAGCUAGUGGAACGUGAAGGUCAACUGAGAGUAGCCAAGCUAAAUCUACAGUCAGCCCAGAAACAGAGUGUGCAUCACUCACAGGAGGUUUCCAGAUACGAAGAGACACUGGGACAGCUACAGAAUGAUUUGGAUCGUGUGCAGGAACAGUAUAGAAAGACACAUGCCUCGCUGAUGGAGAAUGAACAGAAAGUUCAUGACCUAAAGGUCCAGCUAACCACAGUUCAAGGUCACCACAAGGAAUCAAUGGACCAGCUAGGAGAGAAGUCCCGCCAGGUGGCAGCACUGAAGACAGACCUAGCCAAAUUGCAACAGCAGAACCAAGGAAUGACAGAUGAGAUUGCUCUUUAUGAGGAGAAGAUGAGAGAACUAACUCAAGAACUCAGGAAAAUGCAGGAGCUUAACAGGGCUUCAGAGGAAGAGCUGGAGAACUUUGAGUUGCGAUACCAGGACUUACAACAAGAGUUAAUGAACUCACAAGAUAAAAACCGACAAUCCCUACAGGACCUAGGGGCACUGGAGGAGGAGUCUGUGGUUCUUAAGGUGGAGCUGAGUGCGAUCCAGGAGAAGUACAAGGCCAAGAUUGAUGAGUCUGACAAGCUGCAAAAUGAGGUAGAGUUACUGCGCCACAAUUAUCAUAGUGCUAAUGAGGAAAUACAAGGGCUGAGAGUAGCACUGGAGGAGUCGCGCUCCAACGGUGACCGUCUUCACCGAGAAAGUGAGCUUGUGGUCCAGAACGUCAACACAUGGGUUCAGGAACAAAAAGAACAAAGUAAAGCUAUUAUGACACUCACUGCAGAAAAAGAACAAUUACUGGAACAGGUUGCUAAGCUACAGAAACAAAUGAACAAGAUGAAGAUAGAGCUAGAUGAAAGGAGAGACGACUCUGAUAGAUUCAAGGCGCUGCAGAAUCAUUCAUCACACCAACAGGUGCUACUGAACCAGCUCAGGAACAGAUUGGAACAACAUGAGUCUGACCAGGAUCAGGAGGUUCAAGGCAAAAUUGCCACAAUAGAGGACCUGCACACUCGCCUUAAAGUCAACAUAGAUAACAUCCAGCUUCUUAACCAACAGUUGGGUACACUACAGAAAGAGAAUCACCGCCUGAGGAACGACCUUGAGAGAGAAAUGGCAGCACGACAGACCCUCGAGUUACAGGUGGAGAGUAAGGAACAGACAAUUGGCAGUCUUAAGUCGCAGCUGGAAGCCCGCAAACACUUACUCAUUGAGCAAAGCUCUCCAUAUAAAGAGAUGGAGAAACCACGGAGGGCCUUUGGUAAGGGAUUAGAUGAUGCAGGGAUCUCAAACCCACAAGAUCUAGACAAGAACUACUGGAUACAACGAGUCGGAGAGCUUUCCAUACAGCUACAGCAAAGCAGUGAGUAUUGGUCUGACAAAGUUCGUGACCUCUCUGGCCAGCUAGGCAAGGCUCGGGCCAUUCCAACGUAAAGUCAACUACAAUGAUUUAAAGUCAACUGUCCUUGCUGACUUAUAGACUGUGUGUAUGAGGAGGCUACAUUCCUGUGAUAUGGGGGUGGCAGUGUUAAUUGAUACUCACUAGCCAAUACAGGAUCCUCUAGUCUACAAAACGUGAAAUCUUGUAGACUAAGGUCAACAUUUUGCCAGAACUCUUUCAAAUGUACAACAAAUUGUAUGAUUUUAUUGUUAGAUCUGCCGAUGUCCGUCCAUACAAGUGUGGUCUAGUGAACUAUUAGCUCUGUUUUUACCUCUACUUUUAGUCAGUCUGUUUAGGGACCAGUCAUUUACUGUACAAAAACUGUAGGUCAUUACGUCUACCGAGCCAAAGCAUGAUAGGUUUGGUAUAUUUGUUAUAAUUAUUGUAUUUAUAUAAGCAUGUCUGUUAAGUAUGAAAGACAACAAAGAAAUCAUACCAAAUAUUCAAAUAUUUUAAAAUCAAUUUUCUAAAUCAUGUCCUAAGCUAUUUGCACAGACAAAUAAAUGUAGAAAUAAGCAUAGAAGAUGUAAAUAAUAAGUCAGUAAUCAACUUUUCGUCCAUGUGCUUGUGUGAUUGUGAUAGAUGAAGUAGUAGAGAUACAGUUCAGAAUACACCGCCAGUAUUUAUAUAGGCAGCCAUCACAGGGCAUAGGUGAUAUCCCAUGAUAGCAUUCAUAUUGUGCUGAAUCUUUAUUUCUGUUCCUAGAUUCUGUUCCACAAAUUGGUUAUUAGUCAGAUUCCUUUAUAUGGUUUCCUAUAUAGUAAUUUAUGAAGUUGUUAUUUGAUUGUAGUUUUCUUUUUGUAUUUGUCUUCUAUACUACUGGUAGUAUUGUCUAUAGCCUGUGUAGUUGUGUAAAGGUGCAUCAGGCACAAACUAGCGUCCAUCAUUCAUUGGUCUGUGAUAACACUUUACUGAAUAUUUGAGUUUUAAUCACAUUUUAUUAAGAUAUUACUGUUAAUAGCAUUUAUUUUGUAAUCUUUGAAGAUAUAGAUCUCAAAUUCACAAAUGUUGAUCAAGGUCAUAUUGCAUAAAUCUAGGUCACAGCUUAAACAGUUUAUUUCGACCAAGGUCAUAACUUUUUGACCAAGGCCUUUUCAUUUUGUGUUGACAAAGGUCACAUUCUAUUGAAAGGUCGCGCGCUGUUGUACAAAGUUGAUCGACACUACUUUAGAAAGUUCCAGAUUCCUUGAUAGAUCACUUAGCUGGCUAUUUAUUAUUGUUUGUUAGUGGUAAGACAAGGCGAUGUAUUAAAUCUACCUACUGUUAUUACCAAUCACAAUUUUCUGACAAGAUUCAGGCUUGCGCUGUAGUCACUAGUAGUGUGUGCUUUGUAAUCAAUUUUUAACAUCGAAAUGUUCACAUGGAGAGUGAAUCCAUGAACUAUGACCUAUGCAUCAAUUUGUAAUACAAGGUCAGACAUAAGCUUUGCAUGAUAUUGUGGAGAGAACAUGGGAGGCGUAUUGUGAAAUCCAUUCCCCUAGCAGCUGUGAUGUCGCCUGACAAAGUGUAAAACAUGGGAGAUUGAUGUAUGACUAUUUAUAUAAGAUUUGUGAUUGCCUGUCUCACAUUGAAAUUUAUAUCUAUAUACAUUUUUUGUCAUUUUACAAUAAAAUCCAGUCAGAACUGGUCAUACAAAUU